AAAGAAUAAGGGAAGGCAGAGCCGAGCAGGGAGGAGGAGGACGAAGGGAAGAAGGGAAGGCAGAACCGAGCAGAGCUAGAGAGGAGGCGGAGGGAAGCGGAGCGCACGCAGCGAGUGCGCGGUCGGGUUCGGCUGGAUGAAAGCUGAGAGGGGUUGUGCGUUAGUACCAAGAGGGACCCGGGGCCGGCGAGGCCGAGGGCAGCUGGGGGAGGUAAAGCGAGCGCAGGGCGGGGGCCGCGGCGGGCGGGGGUGCGCGCUCCCAGCCGGCACCGGGGUGUGCAGUCCCAGCCCCUGCAUCUGAGGAGCUGUGGCUCCGGUGCGGGGGGACUGCAAGGCUGGAAGUCCCAGGAGGAGGGGAGGGAGGAGCUAGGGGGCCCAGCGUUGGGAAGGGGUCGCUCCGAGGCCUCUCGGAUGGGGGGUGCUGCUCGCCUGAGCGCCCCUCGAGCGCUGGUACUCUGGGCCGCACUGGGAGCGGCAGCUCACAUCGGACCCGCGCCUGACCCCGAGGACUGGUGGAGCUAUAAGGAGAAUCUCCAGGGAAACUUCGUGCCAGGGCCUCCCUUCUGGGGUCUGGUGAACGCUGCCUGGAGUCUGUGUGCUGUGGGGAAGCGGCAGAGCCCCGUGGAUGUGGAGCUGAAGCGGGUCCUUUAUGACCCCUUUUUGCCCCCGCUCAGGCUCAGCACUGGGGGAGAGAAGCUCCAGGGAACUUUGUACAACACUGGCCGCCAUGUCUCCUUCCUACCUGCACCCCGGCCAGUGGUCAACGUGUCUGGGGGUCCCCUUCUUUAUAGCCACCGACUCAGUGAACUGCGGCUGCUAUUUGGAGCUCGAGAUGGAGCAGGCUCUGAACACCAGAUCAACCAUCGGGGCUUCUCUGCUGAGGUGCAGCUAAUUCACUUCAACCAAGAACUCUACGGGAAUCUCAGUGCUGCCUCAAGGGGCCCCAAUGGCUUGGCCAUUCUCAGCCUCUUUGUCAAUGUGGCUGGCAGUUCCAACCCAUUUCUCAGUCGCCUCCUGAACCGGGAUACCAUCACCCGCAUCUCCUACAAGAAUGAUGCCUACUUUCUCCAAGACCUGAGCCUGGAGCUCCUGUUCCCAGAAUCCUUCGGCUUCAUCACCUAUCAGGGCUCUCUCAGCACCCCACCCUGCUCGGAGACUGUCACCUGGAUUCUCAUCGACAGGGCUCUCAAUAUCACCUCUCUUCAGAUGCACUCCUUGAGACUCCUGAGCCAGAAUCCUCCCUCCCAGAUCUUCCAGAGCCUCAGCGGUAAUGGCAGGCCCCUGCAGCCCUUGGCCUACAGGGCCUUGAGGGGCAACAGGGACCCCAGGCACCCUGAGAGGCGCUGCCGAGGCCCCAAUUACCGCCUGCAUGGUACGCUUCUUGUGUAUCUCCCCCGCCCCAUCCCCUUUUCUGUCUUGGUCCAGCCUACAUCUGUGUUUCCAGGGGUGUCUCAAUGUGAUAUGUCUUUCCCCACUUUGGACUUGUGGUCUAGUUUGAGCUCCCAGUCCUCUUUUUCCCUCCCCCCUUGAGACAACAAGGUGCAACCCACCCUUCUUCCACAGA